UAAUAAGAAUAAAAUAAACUUGCAAGCAGGAGAAGAGAAGAACAGUUUUCCUUCGAGGACAAGUUCGAGCGCGACUCGGAUGCAAUUAUCCUGCGUUUAUUUAAUUCGAAUUCAAUUGACUUCGACUUCCAUGUUAAGUAACGCAAUUUGGAAUAAAUUGAGCUGUUUCAGAGGAUUUCUUUGUGCGCAACAUUCUUCGAUUUAUGUUUCUUCGAGGAAAUUUUGAUUGAUUCGUUGAUUUUCCCCUUCAAUCCAAGUUUUCAGACUUAGAAUGCUACCUUGGUGCUUGAUGAUGGGUAUUUGGGGGAGUUUUAUAAUUGUUUGAUGAGGUACUGAAGGUGUUUUGGAUUGAUAGGCAGCAGGGUUGUUAUAAGAAGUUAUUUAAUGACUUCAAGAACUUUGAGGAGGAGGCUGUAUCAUGGUGAUGUUGAUGGGAAAAGGAACGAAAAAUAUGAUACUUCUGGCUUCGAAGCUUUGAGUGAGCCUCUGCUUGACAGCCAUGAAUAUAGUGAUAGAAGCUCAGAGGUACGCACGCUUGAAGAGAUUUGGGAUGAUGAGAGGAAGAAGCAACAACUACACUGGACACUUCUGUUUUCUCAGUUGAUUGCACAAUGGGCUCAGUGGAUAGCAAACAUUGUCUUUGGUUCUGGAGCACUCUUUGGUCGACUUUUGCCAUUUUCUUUUACUACACACAAUGGACAAAACCAUGGGGUGGCUCCACCUCUUAGUCUUUUACAGGAAGAAAGACUCAGGAAUUUAAAGCAAAGGCUGGAAGUUCCCUUUGAUGGCUCCCGUGUUGAGCACCAAGAUGCUUUGAAAAGGUUAUGGAGGUUGGCAUAUCCGGACAGGGAGCUUCCACCUCUCAAAUCUGAGCUCUGGAAGGACAUGGGUUGGCAAGGUACCGAUCCUUCAACAGAUUUUAGAGGUGGUGGAUUUGUUUCACUGGAAAACCUUAUCUUCUUUGCCCAGACAUAUCCGGAGUCAUUCCGCAGAUUGUUGUAUAAGAAGGAUGGUAAGCGAGCUGAGUGGGAAUAUCCGUUCGCUGUUGCUGGUAUCAACAUUUCGUUUAUGUUGGUUCAAAUGUUAGAUCUCCAAUCAGGGAAGCCAAGUUCAUCAGCAGGGAUCCGUUUCCUAGAACUUUUAGAGAAAGACGAGAUGGCAUUUGAUAACCUUUUCUGUGUAGCUUUCCAAUUGAUGGAUGCUCAAUGGCUCGCAAAACGUGCUUCCUAUAUGGAUUUCAAUGAUGUUUUGAAGUCUACCAGAAGUCAGUUAGAACGUGAGCUUGAACUUGAAGAUACCUCCAGUGUGAAAGAACUGCCAGCAUACAAUCUCUUGAGAAGAUAAUCAUCUUUCUUCCAUCAUUAACUUCUUUAUUCAGCUAUAGUUCUCUCUGUCUGAUCUUCCUUAUCUUCCAGUUUCUAUGUUGUUUUUCCAACAAUUGCAUUGUUAUAAAAUUUAAAAAUGGAAAAGAAGGGAAAAGAAGAAAAGAAAAGGAAAAGACCACACAUUUAAUCAUGAAAAUAGAGUAAAAUUGUUAUGAAUUUCCUCUCUGGUACCAAUUCCAAAGCAUUGUAUCUCUAAUGGAAGAAGAAGCUGUAAGCUAUAACUGGAUGCCUCUAUCUCUAUCUCUCCUGUCUAUAUAUAUUUCAUAUAGGGUGUGGUAUGAUGUUCGAAGA